AUGCAUCGUCUUUUUGCUGAGCUGGAGCCAUCUAUUACUAUCACCGAGCAAAACCUGGCAGACCGAGUUCGGUAUAUCUUACGCUCAAAUAUAUUUGAUGGCGCCGAACUCGAACGGCUACGACGUGAGGCUGUUCCCUCAUCAAAUGAAAACGCUACGACUGGGGGUGUGGUGCCACAAGUUGCAGAACAACCCGCACAUGUGGAUGCCGCCGUGAAUACCCCCGUGGUUGCUGAUUCAAAUGAUGAUGGAACAUUCACCCAGGAACUAGAAAUAGAGCAAAUGAGGAGUACAUUGGAAGAGGCGAUUAUGGAAACGCGCAAUACGCCUCUCGAAAAUCGACCGCGACUUCCCCGCAUAUCCCUAAGCAAGCGGAAUCGGGGUGUCGUGAGGGCUCUGAACCCAAUGCUGGUGACCUAUUUGGAAGCCAGCCGGGACCUUUGCAAAACGGACUCAAUUCUCUUUGGCGCCGCACUGGCAGUCUGCCGUAUUAUAGGCGCCAAACUUUCCACGGCUGGACGCACUACUGGACAAAGUGGUGCUAUCCCAGCCUGGAGAACAAGAAUUGAAGAACGUAUCGCAAAGGCUAGGGCCCUCAUCGGCAGACUGAUAUGCUUCAGGUCAGGCAAUACCAGGCCAAGGAUUGUGCGCACCGUCAGGAUGGCAUUUGCUGGGACAAAUGUUAGUUUGUCCCAGCCGGAUAUAAUGCAAAAACUGACGGAGCGCAUAGACGACCUGAAGCAGAGAAUCGCUGCUUGGGGAAAGCGAAUUCGGCGAUAUACCGAGAGGUCGACACGGUUCAACCAGAAUCGUCUCUUCCAGAGUGAUCAGAUGAGGCUCUAUAAAUCAUUGGAGCGACCAAUGGUAAGUGGAACGGGCCCAGUACCGAAUCAGGCCGACACGGUCUCAUUCUGGCGCAGCCUGUGGUCAGAGCCCGUAAACCACAACGAGGGCCCUUGGACGAAAGUUGUGGCGAGUCAGUGUGCGGGUAUUACGCCCAUGGACCCCGUCACCAUAACGCCGGAUGACGUAGCUGAGGCGGUCCGUAGGGCCCCGAACUGGAAAAGUCCGGGACUCGACAGGCUGCAUCACUACUGGCUGAAGGGGUUCGUGGUGUGUCACAAUGUGCUCGUCCGACAGUUUCAAGAGGUUCUCAACCAGAGGGCGAAAGGGGGAGAAAUUGGAGGUUUCGCGUAUCGGGCUAGGAUGCAUCGUCUUUUUACUGAGCUGGAGCCAUCUAUUACUGUCACCGAGCAAAACCUGGCAGACCGAGUUCGGUAUAUCUUACGCUCAAAUAUAUUUGAUGGCGCCGAACUCGAACGGCUACGACGUGAGGCUGUUCCCUCAUCAAAUGAAAACGCUACGACUGAGGGUGCGGUGCCACAAGUUGCAGAACAACCCGCACACGUGGAUGCCGCCGAGAAUACCCCAGUGGUUGCUGAUUCAAAUGAUGAUGGAACAUUCACCCAGGAACUAGAAAUAGAGCAAAUGAGGAGUACAUUGGAAGAGGCGAUUAUGGAAACGCGCAGUACGCCUCUCGAAAAUCGACCGCGACUUCCCCGCAUAGCCCUCAGCAAGCGGAAUCGGGCUAUCGUGAGGGCUCUGAACCCAAUGCUGGUGACCUAUUUGGAAGCCAGCCGGGACCUUUGCGAGACGGACUCAAUUCUCUUUGGCGCCGCACUGGCAGUCUGCCGUAUUAUAGGCGCCAAACUUUCCACGGCUGGACGCACUACUGGACAAAGUAGUGCUAUCCCAGCCUGGAGAACAAGAAUUGAAGAACGUAUCGCAAAGGCUAGGGCCCUCAUCGGCAGACUGAUAUGCUUCAGGUCAGGCAAUACCAGGCCAAGGAUUGUGCGCACCGUCAGGAUGGCGUUUGCUGGGACAAAUGUUAGUUUGUCCCAGCCGGAUAUAAUGCAAAAACUGGCGGAGCGCAUAGACGACCUGAAGCAGAGAAUCGCUGCUUGGGGAAAGCGAAUUCGGCGAUAUACCGAGAGGUCGACACGGUUCAACCAGAAUCGUCUCUUCCAGAGUGAUCAGAAGAGGCUCUAUAAAUCAUUGGAGCGACCAAUGGUAAGUGGAACGGGCCCAGUACCGAAUCAGGCCGACACGGUCGCAUUCUGGCGCAGCCUGUGGUCAGAGCCCGUAAACCACAACGAGGGCCCUUGGACGGAAGUUGUGGCGAGUCAGUGUGCGGGUAUUACGCCCAUGGACCCCGUCACCAUAACGCCGGAUGACGUAGCUGAGGCGGUCCGUAGGGCCCCGAACUGGAAAAGUCCGGGACUCGACGGGCUGCAUCACUACUGGCUGAAGGGGUUCGUGGUGUGUCACACUGUGCUCGCCCGACAGUUUCAAGAGGUUCUCAACCAGAAGUCGCUCCCGAGCCUCUUCACUACUGGGAUCACCCAUUUGGUUCCUAAAGGCCAGGAGCUGGAGCCAUCUCUAUCCGUCACUGAGCAAAACCUGGCAGACCGAGUUCGGUACAUCCUGCGCUCCAACAUAUUUGGUGACGCCGAACUCGAACGACUACGACGUGAGGCUGUUCUCUCAUCGGAUGGAAAUGCUACGGCUGGGAAUGCGGCGCCACUAAUUGCGCAGCAAACUGCAAAUGUGGACGCUGCCGUCAAUAUUCCAUUUGUGGUUGAUUCAGACGAUGAUGGAAUAGUCCCCCACGAACUAGAGAAAAUGAGGAGCAUAUUGGAAGAGUCGAUGCUGGAAACGCGCAGCAUGCCUCUCGAAAAUCGACCGCGACUUCCCCCGCAUACCCCUUAG